CUUCUCACUUAUUCAAUUCAGGGGGUUGAAAAAACUUCCACCUCAGAUCACCAAGUCCUCAUGCCCUACGGACCAAUUUCUCACACUAACAUUGUACAGUUGUAGCUGAAAAAUUUGGGCCAUUGCUGCCUAACUGAAACAUGGUCAUUGAACAUGUAUGCUCGAAUAAAUGCAAGAAAGAAAUUGCAUGUAAAUGACGCUAUGCAGGGGGGAGGGGGAGUCCCAUAUAGAAAGGACGGGGGUGCUUGUUGCACCCUUUAGGGGUUAAAAAAAGCAGUUUUGGCACCUCCUAGGGUACUCAAUUCAGCCUCAAAAAGUCCACAAUGGGAGCUUUUAUACUACCUUUUAGGGUAUUGAGCCAAGAAAAUAUGAAAAGAGAUAUUUGACAAUCAACUGAUUUUUAAUUUUGGUCUCAUUUACACCAGAAAUUCACAACUCAUCAGUAAAAGUGUGUAGUCAGUUAAUGUGUUGGUUUAGAAUUGCUACCUCUUAGGGUUGAAAAAUUUCAAGCUACGCCCAUAGGAUCCUGGUACUUUCUAGGGAUUUUUCUCAAAAGUUCUGACGAGUACCCUCGUCCUUUUUAAAUGGAAUUCCCCCUCCCCCACCCCCACCCGGGUUACGUCAACUAGAGGUUGUUAUGUAAUACUUCCUAGACUUGAUCGGAGUAGUGUUCGAAAUGUGUUUGGGUACGCCUUCGGAACGGCAUACCUUCUGAAAUGUUUAGCUAUGUUUGGGUACAUAUGCGUGUAUCUUAAGCUAUCUAUCAGAUCAUUAGGUUUUCUAAUAUAUUUCGAGAGUGCUCAGGACACUCGAAAAAAGUUGCAGAAUCGUCGAAGGGAAAUUCCUGUCCCUCCCGUCCCUGACAGUAUCAGUUGGUCAUAAAGAUGGCGUCUGUUUCUGACUUUGUGCCGGUGAGAAGAGAGCUGAUAAAGAACACUCCUCCAAAACCGUUCCUUAUCGGAGUUGCUGGUGGAUCAGCUUCUGGAAAGUCAACAGUUUGUUCUAAAAUAAUGGAACAGCUGGGUCAGGAUGGAGUAGAAUCAAGAAGAGUCGUGAUUGUCAGUCAGGACAGCUUUUACAGAGAACUUUCGGAAGACGAAGCUAAGGAUGCAAAAGUGGGAAAUUUUGACUUUGAUCACCCAGAUGCUUUUGAUUAUGAGAUGACGCUUGAUACUCUGCGGAAAGCUAAAGCUGGUGAAACUGUUAAAAUACCAAUAUAUGAUGCUGUUAAUGCUACAAGGUAACUUGCCUGUGAUAAAAGAGGAAACAUAAAAUAAUUGCUUUAAUUUACAAUGUACCUGGUUGCUUUAAUACAGUGGCGGAUUGCAGAAGGAAGAA